GGUAACUAUGUCGGGAAAUGGUAAUAAUGUUAGCCUAGAGUUUAACUUACUCUUAUCACGAGGCAGAUACUAUGUCCAGUCAUAGAAAGGGUUGCUGACAUAGUGUCAAUAGACCCCCCUCUCCCUGUAUGGUACAUACACGCUACGUAAGCCGGUUCUACGUUCGGUAUUCUUACCCCUACAUCUAUCAUAUCCUUCCAUCUCGUCCCGGCCUGCCUACACGCGGACUGCCGCCAACCUCCCGCAUACAGGUUGCCAGCCUUAGGAACAACCGAAAAUUCAACAGAAGCUUGCACGCUUAGAAAUCUACACCUGAGUUCUCCUGCUGACGCAACCCGGCCUCGCUCACGACCGCUUCGCUCCCCCGCUCCCCCCGUACCAGACACUAUUCCCGCAGACACGACAGGCAAUAUUCGACAGCCGAGCCUCCCGAUCGCCGUCCGCAACGAUGGAUAUGCGAAAUAACCUCCUCGGCAGGGGCCCCCGCGCCGGGCGUCCCGAGCAAGGUGGCUACGGCCAAGUCCCCCAGGGCCGGCCGCCGCCGCCGCCGCGAGACUACGGUGGCCCCCCGGAACCCGACCCCAGAGACGCCUACGGGGCGCCGCCACCAAGCUACGGCGCGAACCCCGUCUCACCCCCUCAGCAGAGAGCCCCCCGCCAGAACCCGCCUUCGAGCCGCCAGAACCUGCCCCCGAGCCGCCAGGUCCAACUCCGAUUAGCCAAGCUGGAAAAGGGUGAUCUCGCCGAUCAAUACAUCUUCGGCAACAUCUGUGCCGUCUCCCCGCAAGACUUCCCUCCCGACCCCUACGGCAACGACCUGCAUAUUCUCCUCAACGGAAACUUCGUCGUCACCGCCCGCCCGACCGAGUACAUCCCGCCGGGCUGCAUAAGUCUGUCCGAUCCCCAGCGAACAUGGUGUGAAAUCAGUUUGACCGACGUCGUCGUUGGGGAGAGGUUCGACCACAAGGUGCCCCUCGGUAGUAUGGAUGUCGAGAUUGGGUUCGCAUCCGCGCGGAAGAUAACGGAAGUCCCGUACGACCAGGACGAGCUCGCCGACGCCUUCACCAAAAUGUUCCAGGGUCAGAUCUUUGCCCCCGGGCAACGGCUGAUCAUGGACUACAGGGGAAUCACGCUAAUGUUCAUCAUUAAGACGGUUCAGCUGCUCGAGUUGCUCGGAAAUGAGAAUGGCCAGCCCGUAGAAUCCUCUUCCAGGCCCAGCACGCGAGGUGUGCUAGUCCCCAGCACAUCCGAGAUCAACUUCUUCAAAGAUGCCAAAAAUCCCAUAAAAUUAAAAGGCUCGACGAAGAGACCCGCUACGAACGCUAUUCUUCGGCCCGACUUCAAGUUCGCCGACAUGGGCAUCGGCGGCCUCGACGACGAAUUCAGCACAAUUUUCAGACGCGCUUUCGCGUCCCGCGUGUUUCCGCCGGGUCUCGUAGAGCAGAUGGGCAUCUCUCACGUGAAGGGUGUUCUGCUUUACGGACCGCCGGGGACGGGUAAGACGCUGAUCGCCAGACAAAUCGGCAAGAUGCUGAAUGCCCGCGAGCCGAAGGUUAUCAACGGCCCGGAAAUCCUCAAUAAAUACGUAGGCCAGUCCGAGGAGAACGUCAGAAAGAUGUUUGCCGACGCCGAAAAGGAGUACAAGGAGAAGGGCGAAGAGAGCGGGUUGCAUAUCAUCAUUUUCGACGAACUGGAUGCCGUCUGCAAACAGAGGGGCAGCGGGUCAGGCGGCACCGGCGUCGGCGACAGCGUAGUCAACCAACUGCUCUCCAAGCUCGACGGUGUCGACCAGCUCAACAACAUCCUAUUAAUAGGCAUGACUAACCGGAAGGACAUGAUCGACGACGCGCUGCUCCGGCCGGGACGUCUCGAAGUUCACGUCGAAAUCUCUCUUCCUGAUGAGAACGGCCGCGUGCAGAUUCUGAACAUCCACACUGCCAAGAUCAGGGCUAUGAAAAAACUAGCCGACGAUGUCAGUUUAGACGAGCUUGCUCAUCUGACCAAGAACUACUCGGGCGCGGAAAUUAGCGGUCUCGUCAAGGCCGCGCUCUCGUAUGCGUUCACCAGGCAUACAAAGUUAGGAGACGUUACCGGUGUCAGCGGAAAUCCCCAGGACGUGAUGCUCAUGCGAGCCGAUUUCAUGAGAGCCCUAGAGGACGUCAAACCGGCCUUUGGUGUGUCGGAGGAAGAGCUCAGCGACGCCGCUCCGUACGGAGUCAUCGACUACAGCCCGCACAUCCAGUCCAUCCUCUCCACGGGCCUCAGCUUCGUCCAGGCGGUCCGCACCUCGGAGAAGUCGCACCUGUUCUCGGUCCUGGUGCACGGUCCGCUAGGGGCCGGGAAGACGGCGCUCGCGGCGGAGAUCGGACUCAAGUCGGAGUUCCCCUUCGUCAAGCUCAUCCGGCCGAUCGACGUGGGCACGAACGAGGCGGCGAAGCUCGAGUACCUGCGGCGCGCCUUCUCGGACGCGUACAAGUCGGCCCUCAGCAUCGUGAUCCUCGACAGCGUCGAGAAGAUCAUCGACUGGAACCCCAUUGGGCUGAGGUUCUCGAACGCCGUCGUGCAGUACCUGGGCGCCGUGCUCGAGACCCGACCUCCCAAGAACCGACGACUCCUCAUCAUCGCGACGACGAGCCAGCGGUCGAUGCUGGACCAGCACGGCGUGUUCGCGUUCGACCGGGAGAUCGCGGUGCCGGCGGUCAAGGAUCACGGGGAGCUGCAGGCGCUGCUGGCGGCGUCGGGCAAGUUCCGGGACGGCGGGGACGUGGCGCAGGCGCUGGCGGAGCUGCGCGGGCUCACGGGCACGACGCAGGUCGGCAUCGGCGUCAAGGCCGUCUUCUCGGCGCUCGAGACCGCCGCCGUGCGCGACCCGUUCCCCGUCAGCCUCGCCGAGGACAUCAGCGCCGUCAUGGCCGCGAGGAACCCGGGGGACUACUAGAGGGGCGCGCGGGGAAAGGGCCGAGGGGGUAGACGAUGUACAAGGCGAGCAGAGAGAGGCGAGCAGAGAGGGGCGAGAGGAACAGAUAGAGGCCGAAUGGACAUACAGACGUACAGGCCGGGACGGGGGCGUGGUGUCGACAUAGGCAUUCUCGGUCUGCCUACGCUCAGAGCGAGGUAGGUAGGUUACGAAAAGCAUACGUUAUAUGCAGGCCGUAAGGCCGCGAAGCACGAUGAACGGAGACAUUAAUGAGGUCAAUACUCUGCUUCCUCUCUCUCUCUCCCCUUCUCAUUCUACGCGUGUGUGGGAGGCUCCGGGGAAGCGUAAGAGGUUAGGAGUACGAGGAGAAAUAUCAAUUGCAUAGAAACUA